CAUGGGGGUACUGUGUGUAGAUUGCUGAUGAAUUGUUUUUGUUUAAUCCAUUUGAGUUUAAUGCUGUAACAUAACAAACUGUGGGAAAAGUAAAGGGGUCUGAAUACUUUCCGAAGGCACUGUAUAGGGACUAUAUAUGGGGACAUAUCAGGGGUCCUUGGGUGGAAAGGAUUGGAACCCCCUGGUGGAGAGGGAUGGUAUAAAACAAAUGAUCAGGCAUAUAGCUAUCCUGCCGCGUUAGUUUAUUAAUAACCGUGAUCACCAACGGUGAAGAAAAGGUUGUAAAAGCAACAGAUGUCAUCACCAACAUAAAUAUCUCCAACAUAAACAUGGUCCUCCUUGUCUGUGGACCGGCCCAGCGUGACGAGCAGUAUUCAUACGGUACAGCAGAGGGAGAGAUGUGCGGGUGAACGCUCGACGUCACAGCCAUAGGCAGCAGAAGGAUGGGCGAGAGUUGUGUGUACCUUGCCGCUGCUUCAUGGCAAUAGAGAGAGAUGGCGUCCGCAUCCCGAUGAAUAAGCAAAAAAAGAAGAGGAAAAGGGUGAUGCUGGACCCUACUACGCCUAGAUGGGAAACCGUUUCAUUAAACACAUCAGCUAUGGAGGGAUUCAUCUCUCUUUCACAAUAAUUUCGCUCCGGGGAUGUUAACGCCCUUUUCAUGCGUUUUUAAACUCCUCGUCUGAUUCCUUCCAACGGGGGUGUGGGGAUUGUUGUCCGGUAGGCUACAUCUGUUUUCUUCCUCCGCUUCUCUGCCCAUCCGACGCAGGGGCGAGGAGAAGAGGAGAGAAGGAGAAGAGAGGGAGAGCGAUGGCUGCUGGAGGAGGAUGCGGGGAGACGGUGGAACAUUGCCGGGCAGAGGUGGAGCGUUUGACCCGUGAGCUGGCGGAGGCGAACCGGGAGAAGGUCCGGGCUGCGGAGUGCGGUCUGGUGGUUCUGGAGGAGAACCAGACCCUGAAGCAGCAAUAUUCGGAUCUAGAGGCCGAGCAAGAGGCGCUCCGACAGGAGCUGGAGCAGCUACAAGAGGCGUUUGGCCAGACCUUCUCCACCCAGCGCAAGGUGGCUGCGGACGGGGAGACCAACGAGGAGACCCUCUUGCAGGAGUCAGCCACGAAGGAGGCGUACUACACGAGUCGCCUGCUAGUGAUCCAGUCAGAGCUCAAACAGAGCCGGGCCGUCACAGUCAACACACAGGCCGAAAACGAACACCUCAGUACCCUGCUGAAGGAGCUCAGAGAGAGUAAUGAGAUGUUGGAGCUGCAGCGGAGCCGGAUGAGAGAGGAGAUCAGGGAGUAUAAGUUCAGAGAGGCUCGACUCCUACAGGACUACACUGAGCUGGAGGAGGAGAACAUCACCCUCCAGAAACUAGUGUCCACUCUCAAACAGAAUCAGGUGGAGUACGAGGGGUUAAAGCAUGAGAUCAAGGUUCUGGAGGAGGAGACCGAGCUGCUGAACAGUCAGUUAGAAGACGCCUUACGUCUCAAAGACAUCUCCGAGGCCCAGCUAGAGGAGGCCCUGGACUCUCUGAAGAGCGAGCGGGAGCAGAAGAAGCACCUCCGCAAGGAGCUGGUCCACCACCUCAGCCUGUGUGACGUCCAAUACACGGGCAGCGCCCACCUCACUUUCACCUCCGCUCCACCUAGUGGCACGGUUACACCUGUCUCCGCCCUGUCGCCCAACUCAGAGGAGCCAGGCAGGUGUAACGGGCAUCUACAUGGAGGGUCAGGAACUGGGACGGGGACAGGGUCACUGCCCAGGGCCAAAGGAGAGUGUCGGGGAGCGGGGAGGAAAGGAGAGGGGAUGGUGUCAGAUCUGUUCAGUGAGAUGAACCUGACAGAGAUACAGAAGCUCAAGCAGCAGCUGCUACAGGCAGAGCGGGAGAAAACAGGGCUGUUGAUCAGCCUGCAAGAGUGUCAGACGCAGCUGCAGCAUACACAGGGUGCCCUGAACGAGCAGCACGAGAGGGCCCUCCGCCUCAGCGAGAGAGUCACCGCCCUCAGGCACCUGCACCGGGAGGCCCAUCUCGCCCAGGAGGCCCAGCACGACCAGGAGGCCCACCUCAACCGAGAGGCCCUGAUGGAGCAGGGAGAAGAGGAAGAGGAGGAGAAAGAGAAGGGAUUAAUACACAGCAGGGGCCAGGCAUUCUGCCACCAGACCCCGGGUCUGGAAAUCCUCCAGUGUAAAUACAGGGUGGCUGUAACCGAGGUGGUCGAGCUAAAGGCUGAGCUGAAGUCGCUGAGAGAGAGGUACAACCAGUGUGUGGAGGGCGGGGUGGAGGAGAGGACGCGCGGAGAGGCCCAGCACAGAUCUCUGGAGCAGCAGGUGGGGAGGCUGGAGAGGAGCUGCCGGGAAGGUAGGGAGAAGGUGGGGGGCCUGGAGACGGAGCUGAGAACAGCCAAGAACAUGGCCAGCGAGAGCCAGGGGGCGCUCAACGCAGCACAGGACGAACUGGUCACCUUCAGCGAGGAGCUGGCUCAACUUUACCACCACGUCUGCCUCUGUAACAAUGAGACGCCCAACCGGGUGAUGCUGGACUACUACAGACACGGCAGAGGACUAAGAGGUAUCAGUGCCUCGCUCAAGGGUGACGACACCCGCGUUCUACUCACGCCCCGCCUCGCCCGGCGGCUCGCAGCCGUUGCCGCUGCAACCUCUUCGUCCACGGCGGAGUCUCGUAGCCCCUCGGAAUCCCCAUCCAAAGAGCGGUUGUCAGGAGAGGGAGGCCGGGACGGGGGGAGGGACAGAGACAGUCCUGUACCCCGCACCCCUCCUACGGGGUCCCCCAGCAUCAGUGCCUCUUCCUCAUCUUCAUCAUCAUCAUCGUCGCCUGCGGUAGAGCCCGCUGGAGACCUGCGUAGGGAACCCAUGAACAUCUAUAACCUCAACGCCAUCAUCAGAGAGCAGGUGAGGCACCUCCAGAGGGCAGUGGACCGGUCACUCCAGCUGUCCAGACAGAGGGCUGCAGCCAGGGAACUGGCCCCACUGUUUGACAAGGACAAAGAGGCCUGUAUGGAGGAGAUACUGAAGCUCAAGUCCCUGCUCAGCACCAAGAGAGAACAGAUAGCUACCCUCAGACUGGUGCUCAAAGCGAACAAACAGACUGCAGAGAAUGCCCUGGCCAACCUGAAGAGUAAGUAUGAGAAUGAGAAGCACAUGGUGACAGACACCAUGAUGAAGCUGAGGAACGAACUGAAGGCCCUGAAGGAGGACGCUGCCACCUUCUCAUCGCUCAGAGCCAUGUUCGCUACCAGGUGUGACGAGUAUGUCACUCAGCUGGAUGAGAUGCAGAGGCAGCUGGCUGCGGCGGAGGACGAGAAGAAGACGCUCAACUCGCUCCUGCGGAUGGCCAUCCAGCAGAAACUAGCCCUGACCCAGCGUCUGGAGGACCUAGCCUUCGACCAGGAGCAGUCGCACCGCACCCGCGGCAGCAAGGUGGCCCGCAUGAAGAGCAGCACCCCCAAAGUAAGUCCUGCUCCUCCCUCCAGCCCCACCACCGGCGCUGGCGCCCCCUUAAACUUGACCUCUGCUACUACAGACGCACUAGCUCUGAGCUCCCCUACGUCACAUCAUAGACACUCCGUCAGUCCCUCCUCCACGGCCCCCUCAGGCCCCAAAGUACCAGGCAGCCCCCCCUCCCUGGAAGCACUCUCCUCCUCCUGGACCCCCCCAUCCACUCCCCACAUGCUGGAUCACUCCCAGUGGGCACUGGGUGUCCGGACGUUAGAGGUCGACUCCCACAGUUUCAGUCUCGACUCCCAUAGUUUUAGUUUAGAACGUAGCAGUACUGGGCUCUCCAGGCAUUACUCCUCAGAGUCACGGCCGUCUCCUGGCAGGGGUACUCAGCCUGGCUCGGCCCCCUCCUCCCCCUACCGUUCUCCCAUACUGGGGUCUCGCCGGUUGACAUGUAGCUCGCCUCGAACUCGCCCCCUUAGCAACCUGACGCGUACCUCAGCCCUUUAUACCCCCUCUUCUUACACCCCUCCUAGUUCCUAUAUUCCUUCUAGUUCUUACACCCCUUGCUCCCUUUAUACCCCCUCCAGUUCCUAUACCCCUUCAUCUGCUCAUUACUCUCCUUCAUCAUAUACCCCACCCUCGUCGUACACCCCCCACACUUCAUAUAGUCUCACCAGCCGCUACAGUCCACUCUACCCUAGGUACUACGGUUCCCAUCGGCCCCCUCACUGACACUAAAACCACAGUUCCCAUUAACCUCCUCACUGACAACACUACAAAUCCCAUGAGUCCCCUCUCUAAACAGAACUACAUAUUCCAUCGGCACCUUCGCAGACACUAAGCUACAAUUCCCAUCAAUCUCCUCACUGACACUACUACAAAUCCCAUCAGCCUCUUUAAUGAUGCAAAACUACAUUUCCCAUCAGCCCCUGGGAGAGUGGGUGGGGCUCACAGAGAGGAGGACAGACUGGUUUCCUGUUUCUUGUGCCUAAGCCUCUGGCCUCGAUGCAGCAUGUGGAUGUGGCUCUGUAUCGGCGCGAAUGUUCGGACUGACUCUGCUCAGGGAUUUAACACAACAUGGAGCACAAGUGGCCCUGCCUUCCUCUUAUUCACAGACUGUUGAUCGGUCUAAGCUACAGGAGAGACAGGACACUUUACAGACUAUACAUACACAGUAGUUUUGGUCUCGCCCUUUAAAUCAAGUCGCCAUCCACACAAGCAAGUGAAUACGUGUGCAGGACCUUACCGCUGUUUGGAAAGACGGAUGAGAAGGAUGUUUAGGUUAACUGGACAUUUGAAGGAAUUUGUUCACAUGUUGGACUGAGGUCUCCACAGAUCAACCACUUGACAGUGUUAUUCGCUCUCUCUGUUUUUAAUGAAAAUCACAGAUACUGUAGCCAAAUGUCAUUCAAAGCAAGUAUUGGAUAAGACAGAUCAAUGAUUAUGGAUUGUUUGCUAUUUUUAAUUGUUCAGUUAUUACUCACAGCUCUGUACACACUGUCCUCAUAAUGUUAUUGCAGUCAUCCUCACAUCUGCUGUGUAAACCUGGCACAUAUUUGGAGUCUAGCACCACCCAAUGGCAGUUUGUAAUGUCACUGUAUAUUCAGAACUUAGACUGAAGACGACGUUGAAUAUCAUAUUAAACCUGUAACAUAAAUGACCUGGAAUCAGCACACCAUGAUGGUUUUAAUGUUAGCAUUAUGAGACAAAGCGAGAUGGGUGAUUCUGGGUUUCAUAUCAGUAGGCGAGACAGACAGUGAGCUGUGGCUACGUAGCACCCCUAGUGCCUCGGAGGGUAACUCCAGAGGAACACAGCAACAUAGAUGGAUGAAUGUCGUCGACAGAAAACUCACUUACCACCAAACUCAGGGAAGCUGACACACACACACACUUUUCAACUGGGGUUCAACAAGGAUGUAUUGUUAACCAGAAUUAUCCUUACGCUGAUCUAGAAGUAUAGACCAACAUUUGAAUGACAUUUAGGCCAUGGGUUAGUUAGUGUAGAGCUACUGUAUGAUGCAUAGAUGGGAUUCCACCAUUUCUGCACAUGUGAGUGUUUCACCUGUGUAUGUGUGUGCCUUAACAACUACAGCACCUGAUCAGUACAACCUGAUCAGUACAACCUGAUCAGUACAACCUGAUCAUGCCAACAACAACAGUUUUCAUAUUGUUUUUUUGACCCUAUUCAAUAGGUUAGAAUGGACAAUAACAAAGCCUUGCCAGAUGAUCAGCGUAAGUGUCUGUAAGCAGUGCUCUUGAUGAGGGAUACACUGCUACUGGGUGUUGGCCAGUGAAUAGCCUUUGCCAACUUUGGCCCAAUCCAUGCACAGUUUGGUUUUGACGGGAAGAACUAAGGGGACGUGGCUGACGUGCAAACCGAUAUUUAAUUUUUGAAUUGGUUAAAAUGACGUUAAGGUUAUGAGUUUGGUUAAGGGUCGGUUAUAGAUUUUGUGCUAGCUGUGAUGUCAACGGGAUGCUGGUCAGAAAAGUCUCCUUAGUCUCUCCCUGUUUUGACUCCCCUCUCUAGUAUUGACCCAGUCCGGUCUCCCCCUCCCCCGCCAGUCCCAAAUCUGGAGCCCGGAGUACCACAACAACACUGUGUGUCUAUACUCUAACAAUCCCAGUCUCCAUUGGUUCAAGUGAUCUACAUGUUGUUAUAACAGGCAAUAUGGAGCAAAAAAAAAACGCAUUUGACAGGACUCCUCUCAGCUACAUGGUUGACAACGUUAGGUGAACAUUAAUAUAUUUCUCACAACAGAAAUACUCACUGUUCUUGCACUCAUUGUCGGGCUGAUUCAACUGGUGGAAUGUUUUUUUCCCCAAUAGUCAUCUAAUGGUGACUGUACAGAAACACAAUGAACACUGUAGAUUUGGCGUGGGAACCACCUCAGUGACCUUCACGUUUCUAUAUAUGGAGUUAGUAUUACUCUGUUUCAUUCAUUACCCUUCAUCACGUUAGCAAUUACUUGACAUGAGUCUGUCCUUCACUCCGGUUUCUACAUCUGCACCAUCUACCUGCCUUGACACAACACUGUAUGCCUGUUACUUUGAGUAGUAGUUUGUAGUUGUAGUAUAGUGUAGGUUAUAAUAUGGAACAUCUCCAUCGUAGGGUAAAUUAGCUGAAUAUUAGCUGGAUAUAGAUCUUUUCUGCAAUAAGGGAAUAAAAAGUGAAAGAUUGUCAAAUAUCAAAUAGAUGCUAGGGGUCGCCGUCUUAGCUUCUCAAGAAAGGAAACCAGGUUGACCUCCUCUCUGUGAAACCCUCCUCGUUCCGCCCGACUCGCACUCUCCAAUAUACACACACACACACAUCACACACCCACCAAACUCAUUCCUGUCUUCGGUCCCGCGACAUCAUAAUUCCAUACGUAAAUGCAAGAGGAUUUUAAUCCUGUCAAAUGCGUUUUUGACCUCCUUCCCCUUUCCAAUGUAUUCGUUUCCCACCACAUCUAUUGGCCUGUGAUUUCUCCCUCUAUGUGAAUACAGUGAAUGCCAUUUUCCUCUUCUGCUCUCUGUUUCAGGCGUCUUUCAUAAUGUGGAACAUUGUCAAUCUAAACAUCCUUGCCUGUGCUAACGCCAUAUCCAUUUCCAGGCAGACUGUUAAUAGUUACCACUGAUUGUCAGCCUGUUAGCUUUUGAGCACUUCAUAUGCAUGUGUAUAUAACACAGGGUAUUGGAAAGCUGUAUGCUGUGUACAUUGCUGUGUUCAUACUCUUCGUAUAUACUGUAAAUAUCAUGUAUAAAUGACCUGUA